CCUCCGGCCAGCAAUGGCGGAGGGAGCGAUCUCGACAUCGGAUAUGACACCGAUGAUCGCCACCGCGGUUCCCCGCCGCAUCAGCGCCGACUUAAUUCUCCCCAUGAUGUUCAUCCCCGCGGUUCUCCGUCGUCCAGCCGACGCCGUGGGGGCUACUCGUCACUGCAUCGCCGGAGGUCUCCUGAAGGAUUCCGCCGCCGUUUGCCACAACCUGGUCUGCAGCGUCGUGGUUCUGCGAUUGGUCUUCGACGACGCGGGUCUCCUCUGGCGUUCCACUCACGGUCUCAAAGGUUUCAGAAUGAUCCAGGGCACAUACAACGUCGAGGUUCUAUUUCACCGCCGCGCCGGCCAAGGGUGGAUGAUGGUUAUUUUGAACCAGAUUUUAGGCACCCUCGCGGACCACGUUCAGGUCGUGGAAUGCGAGGGAGAGGAGGAGGUGGCAGGUUUCGCAUCUUCUUACCCCCUACCUUUUGGAGGGGCGGCAGACCAUACACGAGAGGGAUCGAUUCAACCACACAUAUAAUGUCCUCGUAUGGAGGAGAGUUCGUUCACAUAAAUGAUCCAAAUUUGUCACCAAGGGAAGUUGAUUGA